AUGGAGGGAAUUUGUAAUACCGAAACAUGGUUUCAACAAUUGAAGUAACAAUUGCGCUUUGUUUCAUUGCUUUGCCUUGUUUAUCUACGUGUCUUCAGCAUUUUAAUUCAGCUUGUGUACUUGCAACUGGCACUGGAACUGUAAUAUUUUCGGUUUUAAUUGGAUGGCAAAUUGGUUUUCCUUGGACGGAGAAAUGCGGUCAUUCUUGGGCGAAUUUUAAUUCUACUAGUUUUUAUGCCCAUCUUCAGGAGUAUUUGUAUGGACAGCACUUAGUAACAUUUGUUGUAACUCAAUCUCUAAAAGCUCAUAUUUCAAAACCUCAACCUAGUAAGGCAUUAGUGAUGUCUUUCCAUGGAUGGACAGGUAGUGGAAAAAAUUACGCAUCUAAGAUGAUUGCUGGUGCAUUGUAUAGCAAAGGAUCGCAAAGUGAAUUCGUGCACUGGUAUAUUGGGACAAGAGAUUUUCCACAUUUAUCAGAAAUAGAGCAAUAUCGUGACAGGCUUCAGAGAGAAAUACCAGAGUACACAAAGAGAUGUGGGCAAUCAUUAUUUAUCUUUGAUGAAAUGGAUAAAAUGGCACCAGGAAUUAUUGAUGCCAUUAAACCUUUUAUAGACUUCUAUGAUGAAAUCGAUGGUAUAGAUUACAGAAGAAAUAUAUUUAUAUUUUUAAGUAAUGCUGGUGGAAGUGAAAUUACGAGAGUUGCCUUUAACUUUUGGCUGGAUGGAAAGGACAGAGAAGAUAUAAACAUGAGAGAUAUCGAACCAUUGGUUAAUCAAGGAGCUUUCAAUGAGAUAGGGGGAUUGCAAUACAGUCAAAUAGUGGAAAAGAAUCUAAUAGAUGUGUAUGUUCCAUUUUUACCAUUAGAAAGGACCCAUGUAAAGAAAUGUAUUGCUCAUGAAUUUAAAAUGCGUGGGCAAAUUGCAGAUGAUGAUCUUAUUGAUAAAAUUUCAAACCAAAUUGUUUAUUAUCCACCACAAUUCGAAUUAUUUUCUGUUUCUGGUUGCAAGAAAAUUUCUCAUAAAGUUGAUGUUUAUGGUUCUGAUAUUAUAUGAUAGGCUUAUUGUACUUAAAAUCUGUUAUGAGUGAAUGUCAGUAUUAUGAAAUAUUUUUGAAAAUAAAGUUUCCUAUGGUGAAGUUUAUGGUUCCUAGAUUUUGAACUUAAUCAUUUUCAUCCAAAGUUUUUAUAAACUUCUCAUGUGAUGAUUUUUCUCUGACGUACAAAUGACAGAAGAAAAAAAAUUGACAUGCCGUUUUCAAAAAAUAACUCUCAUAAUUUGUUUCCUGUGUUUAUGUCUAAUAUGGAGAAUAAUUGCAUCGAAAUGUGUACUGUCACAAUUGGUUGAUGUGUUUAUGUUGUGAAUUAUUUAUAUUAAUGGAAAAUUUGUGGUGGUUUUGUAAAUUUUUCAGAGUUGAUUUAUUUAAGUUAAGAAUAGCUGCCGAAAUACACCUUACUACUGUGAUAAAAUUGCAUUUUUUUGUACUUAUGCAUUUUUUCAUCAGAUAAAUAUGAAAUGCUAUAUAUGUAAGCAUCUUGUAUUUUUACAAUGCUGCAUAAAUUAUAUACUGGAUAAAUGUAAGAAAAUAUAAAUAAUACAUCUAGUUUCUUGCAAAAUUAAUUUUCCGAAAUAAUAUGUCUCUGCACGCUUAAAAACUGGUAACUUUCGGUUGAUUUUAUGUGAAUAUCUUAUUUUAAGGAGGGGGAGAAUCUGAAAUCAUCAUUUUUUUUUGUAACCCUUUAUAGAUGGGCAGUGUAUUGAUGUGUUUUGGAGUAAUAAGUUUCUAAAGGUUGAAUGAUGUAUAUGCAUUCCUUGGUAUGCAUUAGUUAAAAAAGAGCUCUAUAUGUUCGUAAUGUAAUGAUUUUAUCCCACUCCCAUCUUUAAAGCAAAAAUAAAUUUUGUAUCAGUGCUCGAAUUUGUAUUUUAUUUGGUAGCUAUACAUAUCAUUUUAUCUGUAUGUAUCGUAUAUCAUGAUUUUCUGCAAUUUGAUCAUUUUGUGUUGUUUUUGUUAUAUGUCUUCCAUCUUCUAUAUGUAUGUUUCUCUUUUUAGAGUGUUCAACUUUUUUUAAAAAUAAAUACAUGCUUUGAUAGGUAUUUUAUUAAUUUUAUUGAAAUAUUUUUUUAAAUUAUGUAAUUUAUUUUUAAUUUUUAUUAAUGAUUCAUUAGCAGUAGCAUUACAGAUUACAAAGAGAACUAUAAAAAAUUUUGUAGCAAGAAUUGAAAGUUUUUUCAUACAUUCUUUGUGUGCUGGGAGUGAGGCGGGGAGUAUAGAUCUUGUUUUUCAUUAUGUGUUUCUAUUUUUUAAGAUGUCUGCAUUCAAAAGCUGCAUUAAUUUUAAACCUCGAAUAUGCAUGAAAAAUUAGAAAGUAAUUGAUAUAUCAGUUUUACUAAGCAAAUCUUAUGAAGUAAAAAGGAUGAAAUAAAAUAUUAAAUAUAUUUUUGAAAUAUUAUAGAUAGUUUUAGAUAUAUAUUCCAAUAUUCGAGUAUACUUUUUAUAAGUAGACUAUAGAAAAAGAAAUUUUUAAAACUUGGAAAAAAUGUAUAAGAUCGUAUCUAUAAACAUUGCAUAUAACACAGAUUUAAAGUCAUCGUUUUAAUUGUAAUUUUGGUAAUUUAAUUGUAAUUGUAAUUUGCACCUGAUUAAUUGUUUUAAUUUUGGUUUCUUAACACUAAAUUAAAAAAAAGUACUUUAAGUUAAAUUUUUGAUAUAAUUUAUUUUAAAGGCAAUGGCAAACAUUGCCCUCACUUAUGUAAGUGAGAGCCAACUUAAAAAAAAUAAGUAUCAGAAAACCAAAUCAAAUAUCAUCUUCUGUGGCUACCGACAGAUAGUUUUUAAGCGUGAUAUCAAAAUGCAAAUAAAUAUCGGUAUCGAUUCAAUGAAAAAUUGGACGGCUUGAAGCAACAUUAUAUUACAAAUUGUGUUUAUGACCUAAAAUUGUCCACUUCUCUCAACGAGGAUUAAUAAACAAAUGUUAUUUAUGUAUUAGUUAUUAAUUACAACAAUCUUAUUUAAUGAAGUAUUUUAAAUCAAAAUAUCUGCCCAUUUAAUUUUAUCGCCUAUUUAAAAUGUAGGAAGCGCAUAGUUUCACACUUUCAUAAUCUCUAAACAGCGCUUUGCUCCAUUUGGAUCUCUAUCCGCAUAUUAAAAGCAUUAUUGCAGAAUUUGAAAUUGGAAAACUUCAAAUGAAUUGUGAAUCAUUUUGGAUUAAUUCGUAUCAUAUGCAUCAGAUCUAACUAAAUUGCUGCAUUUUUUUUGGUUAAAUGGUAUUUAAUUGAAAACAAGAACAUGAUUUUAGAUUGGACUUCUGUCUCAUCUUUUGUUCAGAUACUAUUGAGAUGGAUUCCUUUUUAUUGAUUUUUGCAAUCAGAAGUUAAGAUAAAGUAUUCUGAAAUAGGAACUUUCAUUGAAACGCUGCAUAGAAAACCGCAAUAAUAUAUUUCCAACUAUUUAUCACAAAUAUUUGGAACACGAAUUUUUCGUUGCCUGGUAGUUUAUAAAGAACGAAAAAUCGUAAUAAUAUAAAAUAGAAGUGUAAAGUAGUAAAAAUUUAUUGUAUGAAGUAAAGAGGUUAUCAAAUAUGUAUAUUUUAUUAUAUAUUUUUAAAUAUGUACAUUUCAUUUCUUGUGUUUGCAAAUAAUUUUACAAAUUCAUUUGUUUCUUUUCUGAUAUUAAUAAAGGAUAUCGUUUAUGUUAAGGAAUUUAGAAAUUGUUGACGUGUAUGUAUGUAUAACGUGACGUUUCAAAUGUAUCUUUUUAUACGUGAUCUUGAUGAA